CAUCCUUACAGGCACUUGAACGCAGAGGUACGGUAAGAUUUUCGACUGCUGAAAGUGCUUUCUUCUGUAUGCCUACCACACGUAGUCAAGGCUCCCGCAAACGCAGGAGGCCCGAUACCCCUGAAGAUAGUCGCGACGGGAAUGUAUCUACAGAUUCCUCCGAUUCCAAAGAUGCAGCAAGAGAAAUCCAGGGUCAUCUCGACAAUGCAAGCGCUGGCAUUCGUAGGUUGCUAAACCCGCUGCGUGACCUGCGCAAGAAGAACAUAGAUCUGGAGGAAGAAGUUGUACGCCUUCGAGAGGCAGGCGAGACCGGUCAAGCUGGUCGCCGGUCUACAGCCUCUAGUGCUGAAAUUCGAAGGCUCAAGGAUCAGGUGAACGAGUUGGAAAAGGCUCACAAGAAAGACAAACGCAAGAUACAGAAGCUUGAGGCAAAGGAAGCUAAAGCUGACGCGGAUGAGCUUCUUCGAGAAGCCGAGGAUGACCAGACAAUCUCGGACACAGGGCCCCACAUGCGCAAGCUUCUCAGAAAGUUCAGCAAACUAAUGGGAAUGAACGUGUUGGACGGCGAUGCUGAGUCAUGUCCUGUUUGUUUUGAGAAGCUAGAGGUCAAACGUUGCUACAGCCUUCCUUGCAAUCAUGUCGUGUGCAUGGUUUGCUUCAGACAAAUAGGGAGGGCAGAUCCAUCUGAUCGCGACGCCGAGCUCGUUAAAUGCCCAGAGUGCCGUCAUGAAGGUGCUCGUGAAGAUUGCGACAUUAUCAUCUACAAGGCAGAAGAACAUUGGGAUCAGCUGCUGGCUCUAGCUGCAGAAUGGGCGCGGAUUGACAACACCGGUGCAACGGAGACCAGCGAAGAGGAAGAGGACGGUUUCGUUGAUGAUGGAACUGACGGCGCUAUUGAUGAACGCUCAACUCUUAUAAGCCACAACUCCAGUAAUAAUGACAUAUCAGAUGACGACCGGCCAUUGGAGCAGCAGACCCCUGAACCAGAAGAGCACAAUAGUUCGACUUCGUACCAAGCUAUGGAUACACCGACCAAGAGAGCUCUCCUGGCGGGCUUGGCAGCGCGAAAGCGAAAGACAUGAAUUGGAAAUAUGUGGUAUGGUACAAAUGUGACAGGUAUACUGUAGAUGUGUAUGAGAUGUGCGUAUAGACAAAUAAGACAUG